CAGAAGUGAUUUGGUAUGUUCCGUGCUUUUGUGGUUGCCUCUGACUGAAGCAGUCUUUGUGGUUUGGUCUCCAGUGAGCAAAGGUUCUGACAAACAAGCAAACUAUUCCACAUGUAAAAAGGGCUAAUAGAAGAGAGCUGCACAUUGCACACCAGUUGGCAGGAAUGUGGUGCUUUCUUGAAAGUGUUUCCAGCAGAUAGCAACCAGUAUGAGAUGAAACACACAGAAUGCAAGUGCUGAAUCAGUGAAUUUUAAGCCAGAUGGAGAGAAACAGAAGCCACCUUCCUUGUUAAAGCCUGUAGGUUGUCUGCAAAACAGGGUGGGGAGUACCAACAAUGGCUCACGGUGUCUCCUUUGAUCUUGACAUCCCAGAUGAGGAAGAGGAGGAAGAACACAAACAAAUGAGCAAGCGCCUCCUUAGUAGUGAGGAUAUAUCACCAUGUGAUGAGUCCGUCAUACAUGACACCUUUAAAACUUUGAUCCAAGAACAAAGCAGGCUGUCAGAGGAGGGUUCGGAGAUGAUCGAAAUGGAGCAGAUGCAAGACGUGGACAGAGAUGACUUUGAGGGCUUAUCUAAUAUGGAAGGCAUGCCGUAUGAUGCUUACUCCUCCAUGACUCUGCGGAUCUUGUCCUCCAUGCCCAGCCGUACCAUUGGUCGAAGUAAAGGUGCCAUAAUUGCACAGUGUUACAAUCACACUAUGCAGCUGCAGCACAGAAAGAGACGGCGACCUGCAUUGUUUGAGAGGCGGCGUUCAUCCCGGCCAAGCAUUCGACAGUACGACUUGGACAAAGAGAUUAAGGAAGAGGAUGAAAAAAUGAAACUUUUGAAGGCUGAGCUACAGAAGCUGUCCUGGAGUCAGCAAGGUCACUUGUUGCAACAACAGCCACUGAGCCUGUAUGAGAAGCAAGAUCUAAGGAGUAAGGACUCUGCGCACAGAAACCAGAUCAGGAAAGCAAACUGUAAGUGUGAAAUUCCCUGCUGCACCAGACUCAAGUACUCGAUCCUGAGGUGUUUACGGCAUACUUCAUAUGAGUUAAUUUCCUUCGGACGCUCUCUCUAUAUCUGGCAUUACUCCUUCAAACAGAUCGGAGGACGUUUUGGUUCCAGUGUCCUUUCCUAUUUUAUGUUCCUCAGAACCCUGCUGCACUUUAGUGCUUUCCUGUUCCUAGUCAACGUUCUGUUCAUUGUCAUUCCACAUGCUGUGUAUCCUCCAAGGGUCAACAACAAUUCAUCUUUCACAGGACUGGAGCUUCUGACUGGUGCGGGUUACUUUACAAACACGGUGCUUUUUUAUGGCUACUAUACCAACUCCACUGUCAAUAAUGUCAAUACAACCAGCAGCAGCCAGUCUCUCCCAAGCACCACACUUCACCUGCCUUACAAUAUGCCGUUAGCUUAUGUCUUCACCGUUGGAGUUUCCUUCUUCUUAACAUGUAUUAUAUUAGUGUACAGCAUGUCCAAAUCCUUUGGAAGAGUCUUCAGAGUUGGUGGUAACUACAAAGACUUGGCCACUAUGGUCUUCUGCUGCUGGGAUUUCAAAGUGAUUCAGAAGCGCUCAGUAGUGUUGCAGCAUGAAAACAUCAGCACCCAACUUAAGGAAAUUUUGGGAGAAAUGCUCCAAAAAGCACCAAAGCUCACCAUUCUGCAAAAAUGUAGAAAGCUAACUGUUCUCUUUCUGACUUGGGGACUGUGCUUGGGAAGCGUCACUGGAUGUGUUGCGGCUGUUUAUUAUCUGUCCUACUACCUGCACAAGGAAAGGCAUCAAGUUCAGUCCGAAGCCAAACUGCUGAUUCUGCCAUUAAUGGUUUCUGUCAUUAAUCUGGUUUUACCAUACUUGUACAAUUUGCUGGAGAUAGCAGAGAGACAGGACUCCCCAGCUCUUCAGGUUUAUAUUGCCAUAAGCAGAAACUUGCUUCUGAAGAUGAUGAUGCUGGGCAUGCUUUGUUACCACUGGCUGGCACAAGUGUCAAAAUCAAACAUCCAGUGCUGGGAGACGUUUGUUGGCCAGGAGUUCUACCGCUUCAUCAUCAUGGACUUCAUCUUUGCCUUGCUUGACACAUUGUUUGGAGAAUUUGUUUGGCGGCAUAUGUCUCAGAAGUGGCUGGACAGAGAACGGAAGCCCGAGUUUGACAUUGCACGCAAUGUUUUGGAGCUUAUCUAUGGACAGACAUUAACCUGGCUGGGAGUUCUGUUUUCACCACUAUUGCCUGUUGUCCAGAUGAUAAAAUUGUUUCUGUUGUUCUACAUUAAGAAGACCAGUCUGAUGAUGAACUGCAAAUCUCCCAGCAAGCCAUGGUGUGCUUGUCACAUGAGUACUGUCUUCAUUACUCUGCUGUGUUUCCCUUCAUUCCUUGGGGCAGCAGUGGCCACAACGUACUCAAUUUGGUCAAUAAAACCAUCCAUGGAAUGUGGCCCAUUCAGAAACCUAAGUACCAUGUAUGAGUCUGGAAAGAUCUGGGUUGAGAAUCUAGAGAAAGAUAACCCCAGGUUUGCAUGGUUCGCCUGGAUCCACAAAUACUUGGUGGAAAACCCUGUUUUCCUGUUUAUGAUUGCUGGCAUACUGCUCAUUGCAAUUUACUUCCAUAUGCAAGUUGUUGAUGGACAGAGAAAAAUAAUCAAACUCCUGAGAGACCAAAUAGCUAAUGAGGGAGAGGAUAAGAAGUUCCUUAUCAAUCGGCUACAGACCAUCUACUGCAGAAAGAAGAAGAAAGAAAGAAAAACGAUAAAAUUUUCUACAGAAUGAGACUGUAGAACAAAGGAAUGUCAAUAAGGAGAUGUGCAAACCAGGAGAGCAGAUACUGCUGCUUUAAAUUUUACAUGAAACCUGUGUUCACCACUAAGGAUAUUUUGUAUUCAUAACUGGAAGUAUGUACUAAACUGGAAAUUCAGGGAGACCAACUGUCAGAAACAGAACAGGGCAUGACCCAGAUAAAGAAGUACCGGUUAUUGCAAUGGAAUGUACAUAGCAAAAG